ACCCACCAUUUUCUACAACAACAGUGCGUACAUCCCACCUCAGACAUUGCUUGUGAUUCAGUCUCCAGUCGAAUUUUGAGGGACCAAAAAUCAACCGUCAUGUCUAGCAACACCGAUACCAAGCUCAACCCGGCAGAGGAGCAAGCUGCGGCUGCUGAGCCCAGACUCGUAAAGACCGAGACUGAGCUCGCCACAAACCCUAUCGGCGAUGAGAAGACUGAGAAGCCCAAGGAGGCUGAGGCUGAGAAGAGUAGCUACACUGAAAUCGCCUCCAACGCAGCUUCCUCCGCCACUUCUGCGGUAAAGGACAAUGUGUUCUCCAUGUUUGGUGGAGGCGCGAAGAAGGAGAAGAAGGAGGAGCCCGAGGACGACGCUGAUGAGCCAUCUGGAUCCUCGAAGAAGAAGGAUGCUGAUAAUGAGGAUGAGGCUCCUGACUCUCCGGAAGUCGAGUUCCAACCUGUCGUCCACCUCACCGAGAAAGUUGAGACCAAGACCAACGAGGAGCUUGAGGAGCAGACUUUCAAGAUGCGUGCCAAGCUUUUCCGAUUUGACCGCGAGUCUCGCGAAUGGAAGGAGCGUGGAACUGGUGACGUCAGACUCUUGAAGCACAAGGAGAACGGCAAGACUCGUUUGGUCAUGAGACGUGACAAGACCUUGAAGGUCUGCGCCAACCACUACGUCGUCCCUGCCAUGAAGCUCUCUCCUAAUGUUGGAAGUGACCGGAGUUGGGUGUGGAACGCUACUGCGGAUGUCAGCGAGGGUGAGCCUGAGGCACAGACCCUUGCUAUCCGUUUCGCCAACAGCGAGAAUGCGAACUCUUUCAAGGAAGCGUUCAUUAAGGCCCAGCAAGAGAACGAGGCCCUCUUCGGUAAUUCCGACGAGUAAGCUCAGGUUGCUAUUUCCCCUUUUCGCAAUAUUUAGCAUUGCUAUAGCUGUUGGUUGAUGGUCUGGCAAUUUAUUCCUUGUCCACUGCUACCUCAUUCCAUCAUAUGAAAGCAUGCGCAAACAAGUCUCAACUAUUCCCCCUUUCCAAUAGCUACUUUACCUAAAGGUGGCGUCUCCAUAUUCCCUUUCAAAUCUUGCCCUCUGUUCAGCUGUGGUCAUAAGAGAGUCAGCAUGAUUCUGAUGACCUCAUACGAAUUUGAUCACGAAUUAAUGAGAAAAAAGAUAGUUUGGCAGUGAGGAUUGAAUGAUUUAAUUAGAAUUCAUAGACGUGUUGCAACCUCAAUGUAUUGUGUAGAGAGG